UUGAUAUGACAAACGACUUAUUCGCUGCGUGAAAUAUUGCCUAAGGCUAUUUGUCAGUUCCAUGCGUUUAUUCAUGGAUUUUUGGUAUUUUGUGGGAUCUGUAGCCGUUGUGUGGUAGAAAGUAUGAUUCCUUUUAAGCGCCCUUCCUAAAUUGUAGGUGAGGUUUAAUUUGGUAAAGUUCUACGUUUUCUAUAGUAAUGUGGGAGCAUCUUCGGGGUUAAAAAAGUGAACAUGACUACAGUUUGUUAUCGGUUUCGAUAAUACCCAAUGGAAACUGAGUCUACACCACUUUUGCAACGGCCAGCACCAUGGGAUCCUCGACGGAGUGCAAUUGCAGGUGGUUUGGUAUUAGUGACCCUUACAUUGGAACGCCUUGCAUUUUAUGCAUUAGUAGCCAACCUUUUCCUUUUUUUGAGUCUGGGAGGAUGGUCACCUCGUGGGUCUAUGACAGCAGUGCUUAUCCUUGUAGGGGUAGCACACUUUUCAGCUCUAGGAGGAGGAUGGCUUGCCGAUGGAUUGGUAGGUAGAUACUGGGCUCUUGUUAUUGGUCUCUCUCUUUAUGUAAUUGGAUUCACUUUGCUGUCAGUCAUGGCUAGUGGUGUUCUCUGUCAUCGGAGCCCUAUAUUGCCAUCAUGUGUACCUGAGACAUAUGGCAUCUUAAUUUGUGUGGGCAUUGCUGCAGGAACUGUGCGUGCUAAUAUACCAUCAUUUGGAGCUGAGCAGGUGAAGUACGGUGGAGCUGACUCUCUCCGCAAGUUCUUUAACUGGUACUACUGGUGUGUCAACACUGGAAGUCUGUUGGGUGUAGGAGCACUGUCUUAUGUAGCACUGGACAUGACAGAUGGAUUCCUGAGAGCAUUUGCUGGAACAGGUGGCUGUUUAUUGAUGGCUCUGAUACUUUUCUCUCUUGGACGCCCCUAUUACUUAGUUCAUCGGCCAGCUGGUUCUGUUCUGAGGUCCAUACUGUGCAUUUUGCGUGAUGCCAUUGGUGGUUGCUGUUGUCAGCCAGGGCAAGGUAGUAUACAAAGCUCUCCAGUGUUGGAACGUCAUAAUCUGCUCUCACAGCAGUCAGCUGGUCAUCAGAGCCCAGUAUCCACUGCACAGGCCCCAUCAUGGCUCGACUAUGCCAAGAUUCGUUAUGGGGGCAGCCACCAUGAUGCUGCUGUGGAGGAUGUUAAACGUUUGGGAAUAAUCCUUAUACUCUUCACCAGCCUUCUUCCUUACUGGCUUGUGUUUUUCCAGAUAGAGACAGGAUUCCAGGAACAGGGAUUGCAUCUGAAAAUUGGUUUUCCUCAAGAAGGCAAGGGCAGCAACUUCAAUAUGCCCACAGCAUGGCUGAGUCUGUUUGAUCAAGUGUUCAUCCUGGCACUGAUUCCACUUAUGAAUGGUAUUAUAUAUCCGACUCUUGAUAAGAUUGGGGUCCGUGUCUCCCUUCUCACAAGAAUUGCCACUGGAAUGGGUUUUAGUCUUCUGGCAGCUGUAUCAGCUGGAGUGCUAGAAUUUUUUUCUGUUCAACAGUGGAGAGAGGGAUAUGGAGUCAUUCAGGUUAUUCACAAUUGGACAUAUAAUGCCAGUGAUAUUUCCCUGCUAUGGCAGAUACCUCAGUAUUGUUUGGUGGGGUCAGCUGAGGUAUUUGCUGGUGUUGCUGGCCUGGAAUUUGCAUAUUCUGCUGCACCACGCCCACUGCAAGGCGUAGCUAUGGGAAUGUUCUCUGCUAUGGAAGGUGUUGGGUCUCUACUUGGUACAACACUUAUCUCAGCACUAAGUCCUGUGUGGAUUAGACAUGAUUCUCAACACUUCCAAGGCCAUCUAGAUUACUAUUUCUUCCUACUGGCAGGAAUACAGGGAGUAGCAUUUGUUCUCUUUGCGAGCUGGUUGGUGGUUAGAAGAUAUCGCAUACGACAAGAAAUUCCAGGAGAUAUUACAACUUAACUUUCUAGUCAUAAAUUAUAACAAAGUUGCAUAUUCAGAGGAAAAGUCUUUAAUAAGUAAAUCUGUAUAUUUUAUAGUGUCAGCUUGCAUGACUAUAUGAUUACAAAAGCUUCAAAUGAAGUAUAAUGUAAACAAUGCCUUUCUUAAGAGAAGUUGUAGAUGUAAGAAUUUUUAAAAAAUAUUUGGUUAUGCAUAUGGUAGGGACUGAUUUAAUCACCUAUUUUCUUUGGAAGUAGUAAACACAAUCUGUUGUUAGGUACACUCUAACCUAAUAUGUGGUGUCUUGAACUUCAAUUAUACCCAUUUUACUUUAUUAUCUGGCAUAGUUAGCAAAAUAUCAAAGGAUAAAAAGUCUCAUAAAACACUUUAUUAACUAUGUGAUUUGUAGAUGUAAACUUCAGCACUUAGCAAUUUUAAAUAUAAAGAAACCUGAAGAUAUCCUUUUCAGUACUUGUAUACUGUAAUUCAUGCUGCAGUUCUAAAUGCUCAAAUAUGAGGACAGUUAUGAUUUAUGAAUUAAAAGUUCUCACCUACUGCAAGGCAUUUUUCAUUCUUUAAACUGAAGGAAACUGUAAUGAUAACUGACCACAGAAUUCACAUUAGUGGUUGUGGGAAACAGAGUCAGUGUACAGUUAUGAUGAACAAGUACGAAAAACAGAAAUAGCCUAUAGUGGCUUGAGGUCUGUACACACAUGGCAGUAAUAUUUUUACCAAAAGAAUGACAACUCAAUACAGAAUUCCCUCCACCGCUGACAAAAUGCAUUUUUGUAUAAACAUGUCCCCUUUAAAAACCCACAUGCCUUACUGAACCCCAUUUUCAUAUAUUCUUUCCCAGAAACACCAGCCAGGUUAAACAUUGCAAAAUAUGUUUGCUUCACAUACAAACACUGACAUAGUAGCUGGAUUUCAGGCUAAAGUUUUUUCUCUUUCAUACACUGGUUCCUCAAUAGGACUUAUCAAUUACAUUCAGUUAUGUGACAAAAAAUGGCUGUAACUGUGAAGCAUAUGAAAUAUUACAAGACUCCAUGUAAUUUAUUUUUAUUAAUUUCUGUAUUAAAAGGAGAGUGAAAUCCUGUGAAGCAAACACGUAAAACAGGCAAGAGAGGAGAAUAGUUAUUUGUGGUAACAAACUGUGUAUUAAAGAGCCCUUAUUUGAUAGUACUUAUUUUACAUGUUUUAGCAUAUAUAAACUAAUUAAAUAUUAUAAAUGUCAUAUAUAUUUACCCAUGAGUUCAGUAGUUGUAUCUUUUAUCCUGUAUGUCUGAACAUUUUACCAUAAUCAUUACGUUUGUAUACAUGUAUAAUUUCAGUUUCAACCAUGUCAAAUAUAAGAUAUGAAAAGGA